CAUGCGCACAGAUCUAUCUGUAGCUGGUGAUCUCAGGUGUGCGUGCAGGCAGGACAGCUCCGCAGCCUGUUACUGAGCAACAAAUCCAGCACAGCCUCACAGGAGCAGCUCCUGUAAAAGGUGAUUCACCUGCACACAGGAUCAGCUCCUGCUCCCCAGCCCAGCUCACACAGCUAUUCAUGAAGAAGUUCCUGAUCGUCUUAGCUGCACUUUCAGUGGUCGGCACUGUGACUACAGAGAGGUCAUCAUGUCUGAAACGUGUAGCAUUUUCUUCUACAAACUUUGAGAACAUCCUGACAUGGGAAACGGAAGCAGAUAUUCCCCCUGGCACCACAUUUGAUGUCCAAUAUAAGCAGUAUGGAGAAAAAUCCUGGCUGAACAAGCCCGAGUGCCAGAGCAUCACACAGCCCUUCUGCAAUCUCACUCGUGAAACAGAAAACUUCACCGAGCACUACUAUGCCAGGGUGAGGGCCACUGCCCAGAACCACUGCUCCUCCAACUGGGUACGCUCAGAAAGAUUUGAACCCAGGAAAGAGACUGUUAUUGGGGCACCAGCAGUGGAGUAUAUUCCUUAUGUACGCUCCAUAAAGUUCCUUAUCCAGCCCCCCUACACUCCACUGAGAGACGAGGAUGAGCGCCAGCUAACCGUAGAGGAAGUCUGUAGCAAAUUUGGUGCUGUGGAAUAUCACUUAACAAUAUUCAACCAAAGGACACACCAAAAGUGGACAAAGAAUGAGCACAACAAAGAAUUUGAAGUUUCCAACUUGGACCCAGACACCAACUAUAAUGGAACAGUGUAUUUAUCUCUCCUCCAGAGAAGCAGCAAAUCUCAAGUAUUUUGGGUUAAAACACUAGCAGACCACACGUGGCUCCUGUACUGCUCCGUGGCACUCGCCCUCUGCGCUGGACUAGCGUUUGCUGCCGUUAGCCUUGGGAUCUACAAGUACAUCAAGCAGCAGAGCGCACAGCCCAUGUCUCUGGACUUUAGAGGGAUUUCAUCGUUCCAGCCUCUUACACUGACAGUGGAGCAUAUUAUAAAGCCCAUUAACUUAUCCAAACCUUCACUUCUGAUCUCUGAAGCACAGCUACCGCAGAUCAGCCAACAUUUGGACACAGCACUGGAGCCACCAUGGUCUUCCCAUCCACCAGAGACUCCUUAUCAGCAGCAGUCGGAUGUGCCCACUCUCCAGCUGCCCGCACGGCCACUCUGUGUGGCCACUGCAGCUCCCACAGGUUACACUCCUCGUGGAGACCAGCAGAGCAUUCCUACUGCCACAUCCAGCAAAGUCCUGCAGAGCAUUCCCACUGCCAUAUCCAGCAAAGUCCUGCCCCUCACCUAUGGGGUGUGUGUUGAUAGCACAGACCAUGCAGACAAGGAGAAUGUGCAGCCAAAGCAAAUGCUGAAGGGAGUCCCUCUAGAUUGUUCUGCUGGUGGGAAGCUCAUAACACAGGUGCUAGGCAAGAGCCACAACCAUUGGAAUUACAAAGCACAGGGACCAAACCUGGCACUGUGGGACAGCAGUGACACAGGGGAGAGAGUUCUCUUAGAGGGGAACCCUGAGCAAACACAGCAGCUGCUGCUGCAGACUGAUGGGAUGAGAAGGAAAGUGCUUGUAUCCCGGCUGCCACUGCCUUUGCUGGAACAAGGAGGAUGCUACAGAAAACAGACAGCAGGACUGCCUGCAGUGACAGCUGACACGGACUGUGCUCUGGAGGACAAGCUGCUGUCACCUCUGUCAGCAGCUCUCCUUUUCUCAGUCAGUGCUGGCAACAGCUUCCCUGGAGAGAACACCCCAGAGCAGUGGGUGUUGCCAGGUUCAUUCUCACAUCCUGCAAAUAACCUGCAGUUCCCAGAGACUCAAGAAAUGGAAACGUUAACAGCAAUAAAGGAGCUCAGCUGCACAAAACUGAGUAACGCUGUGUCCCAAGACACUGCUGCAGGCCGGGACAGCUGCACUCCUCUCACUAUGCUGUUCAAAGACCUGGACUUAAAAGUGCUGUGGGAUGAGGAUGAGAACACGGAGUUUUAUUAGGCUGCCUUAAUGUUACUGAAUUCCAGAUUACUUUGCUUGUAUGGAAUGGCAGCCCACCCUGCAAGCCAUGCAAUGCACAGAGACACAGCUCACCUUGGCUGUGUUACUGGCCCAGAGCUGUCAGACUCUUCCCCCUGUUCUGUUGUGGAGACGGGUACCUUUGCUGAUUUAAAUCCUUGUUGGCACACUGCAGUACUGUAUCUCUGCACUUAAAUAACAAGCUUUUAUUUCUUGUAUACUCUUCAAGUUUAUUAUGAAUUGGACUACUUUAAAAGCUGGGUUAAGAUUCAAGUUCAAAUUCCAGAUUCAGUUUACUGAAUUAGCAAAAUUCACAACAAAAACUGUAUUUGUUCUUUACCCACACCAAGGAUACAGGUCCAAGACAUAACCAUCCUUUGAAUUCAGGUGCAAACCUAUGCAAACCUAAAUGCAAUAAAUGCAUCAUGGUACAGUAAAAGAACUAAA